GUUAAAACCUUUUAUGAAAGCGCUCAGGGACCAAGACUAUACAAUUAAGAAAUUAUAUUAGUUUUUCGUCUUUUAUAUAAAAGAAAGUACUGUUGCCGUGUCCGGAACCCGGGGACAAAUUUGAUCAGUUUCAAAUAAAGCAUCACUUAGUCAAAUACUUGACCAAAGGUUAAUGAGGGAAGGAGAGUCUUAAGUAAUUUUUGUGGUAUAAAAAACUAUCCGAGAAAGUAAAACAUCUUGUUCCUUAUCUAACAAUGUUUUUGAGACAAAUCCUGAAAUUGAAUAGGCUUAACCAAGCUGGGAAAUGUAUAAAUAUUGUUACUACUAGAAACCUUGUCAACCAUAGUGUGAUUGUAUCAACCUCUCUGAACAUUUACCACAACCUGGCCUUGGAAGACUGGCUGUUUGAAAACACUAACUUAAAGCAGGAGUCUGUUCUGUUGAUGUGGAGGGAUUCACCCUGUGUGGUGAUUGGCCGACAUCAGAAUCCCUGGGUGGAGUGCAAUGUGCCAUAUUGUGAGCUGUUUAGUGUUAAGGUGGCCAGGAGAAAAAGCGGAGGUGGAGCAGUUUACCAUGAUGAUGGUAAUGUCAACGUCUCAUUCAUUACUGACCGUUCCCUGUACAACAGACGUGCAAACCUGCAGUCUGUGGUCGACGCGCUGGCAGACAAGUGGGCCAUCCCACUGAGCAUAAAUGACAGAGAGGAUAUACUUAUCUAUAACAAAAACAAGGUUUCAGGCACAGCUUCAAAAUUGUCCAGGGACAAGUCAUAUCACCACUUCACCCUUCUAUGCAAAGCUGACAGAAUUCGUAUGAGCAGUAUUCUGCAUUCAAACAUGGAAGGUGUGUCCAGUAAAGCCACUAAAAGUACGCCUGCACCAGUAGGCAAUCUCUCAGACCACCAGCCGAACGUAGACUUUGACUCUGUUGUUCACGUAAUCUCGGAAGCCUACAUCAAGGACAGACAGAACCUAAACAUAACUAAUGUGAACCCCCUGGAUGAGAUUAUGUUUCCUGGUGUGACCAAGCAUGCUGAAGAAUUGAUGACCUGGGGCUGGAUUUACGGCAAAACUCCUCAUUUUACCAUACAACGAACCUUUACAUACACAGCUUCAGACAGUGAUGAAAGUGUCCUUAAUGUGUCAUUGACAGUUGGAAAGGGUAGAAUAUGCAAUGUAGAGCUCACUACUGUACACUGUCCAGAAAUUGAUGCCCAGUAUUUUCUUCAGCUGAAAGGUUGCAUUGAAGGUAUUGUAUUUGAAAAAGACAGUGUUCUGAAAGUGCUAAGUGAUGUUAAGACGAAAUGGAUUGAGGGUAGGGUUUAUGAGUUUAAUACUUCGGAUUACCUGGAUUGGGUUUUGUGGUGCCUUAUUGAGUCAACUGGUUUGUAUAGCCAGGCAGGGUCAACUGAUAGUGUUAAAGAUGUACCGAUUUAGGCUUAUAUUACAGGAUUUCUAGAAGUAUUCAGGAAAAACCUUCUAACCUCUUGUUUAUGUUGUUAUUGUCCUCAUUGGCGGUUGAGUUCAAGUUCAAGUUAUUUACUGACAUUUUAAGUCCUUUUAGCAUGUGAUGUCUCUUUUUUAGAGAAAAGAUUAAAGGUAUUUGUGAUAGCCAAAGUUGCUGGCGGCAUCUUUGGUAAAUAAAUGUAAUAUUUAUUUUAACCGAAACUUUGAUACGCAUAAUUACAACGACAGUAGACAUAUCACUUAUCAAAUUCAUAGGUCAUACUCCCUGCAAGCAAGCUCAAAUGGGUCUUGUUUUAACGGACCACAUAGGUCACUGCAAGCAAGCUCAAAUGGGUUUCGUUUUAACGGACCACAUUGGUCCCUGCAAGCAAGCUCAAAUGGGUCUCGUUUUAACGGACCACAUAGGUCCCUGCAAGCAACUUCAAAUGGGUCUCGUUUUAACGGACCACAUAGGUCCCUGCAAGCAACUUCAAAUGGGUCUCGUUUAAACGGACCACAUAGGUCCCUGCAAGCAACUUCAAAUGGGUCUCGUUUUAACGGACCACAUAGGUCCCUGCAAGCAACUUCAAAUGGGUCUCGUUUAAACGGACCACAUAGGUCCCUGCAAGCAACUUCAAAUGGGUUUCAUUUUAACGAAUCACAUAGGUCCUUGUAAGCAAGCUCAUAUGGGUCUCGUUUUAACGAACCACAUAGGUCCCUGCAAGCAAGCUCAUAUGGGUCUCGUUUAAACGGACCACAUAGGUCCCUGCAAGCAACUUCAAAUGGGUCUCAUUUUAACGGACCACAUAGGUCCCUGCAAGCAAGCUCAAAUGGGUCUCCUUGUGGCAGACCACAUAGGUCUCUGCCAGCAAACUCAAAUAAGUCACGUAUUUGCGGACCGACCACAUUGCUAGCAAGCUCAAAUAAAGUAUUGUAUGGACAGACUCCAUGUUUGGCAAUUUUUAUUCUUUGAAGUUUUAUAUUAUAUAAUAAUUCACAGGAAUCGCUGUUGACGGUAUUGGCAUUGUAGUUUCAAAGAUAUGGUUAAUUUAGUGAUGAGUUACGCCCCUUAUCGACUGAAAACCACAGAGAAGCGUUGGGAAUGUUUGGCAUGAUAAUCCCCUGCUGUGCAUCUCCUGCUAAUUGUACUGGUGUCACAGUAGAGGCCAAUAUCCUGUUUAUUUGUUUAUUGGCUCAGGGCCAUUUAGGGUCCAUUUCCAUAAUAAAACAUCCAAAACUGCACAGCAAGAUACUCAGAUCAGAGAUCUGAUACGAUGGCACCAGGCAAUUAGAUUAAGACCGAUCAACAGAGGUUUUGUACUGUACACCAAUUUGAGUGGGGGUGGUCACUUAUAGAAGGCUUAAACUAGGCCUUUAAAAAAAGGGGGAUUUUUUUCCUGAGUAGGUGGACAAAUGUAUACUUUUACAGGAGUGGAAUGUGGCCGAAAAAAGCCACUGCUGCUCUGGCUGUGCUGAAGGCUCAUACAGGUACAUAAUGUAGAAAUAUACAAUUAAUAUAGUUUGUGCAGAAAUGAACUAAGUAAUUUUGCACCUCUAAUAACUGACCACUUUUGCCUUUUGUCAAUCGACCUCUUCUUUGGUGUCCCACUUUCAUGUAUUGUACUACUCGUGUAUGGGCAUUAUACACAAUCGGAUCGCACCACUCACUCUGCGAUAUGGACAUUGUUUCAAAAAUGCACAUUAUUCUCUGUUUCUGCUUUCUCACUUACUAAAAUAUGUUGAAAUGUUUAUGGGCAUACAGUAUUGACCUAGGUCGAUCAAAUGUAUAUUUUAGUAGCAUUCUACACACUGCAUGUAUAUUGUUAUGGCUCUUAAAUAAAACUUUCCCCAUAAUCAUGUUGUCCGCUCUCUUACAUAUCCGUUCUUUAACAAAUGUUGUGAUAAUAUAAAUGGGCGUAUUGUCUUGAAAGCUUUCGACAACCAGCCUGUUUGCAUUGUAAUUAUUCAUUCAAGUUAUGGCCCUUAAAUUUAAAAACUUGACCAUUUUAUCUAAGAGUUUCUGUAGACAAAUAAGUCAAUGAUGAGUAGAAAAAACAAGCAUAAUUGGUCAGAAACUCAAUAAACUAAUCAUCAACACAUAGACUUUAUACAAAUUCGACAAGUCAAGAAACGUUGCGUAACUAAAUGCCACUAGGUGACCUUAAAGGGUUCCCCUUUAUGAGUUCAUUUUGGUGGCAUUGUUUUCAAAUUUUGCUUUUAUUUAGUCAUUCCAUACCUUUAUAUGAAUAAAUACCAACACCGAACUGUACAAUUUAUUGCUCAACUAUUUGAAAAUUAAGGAGAGCUUUACUACUCUUGUUAAUGUUUUGCAUGCAUGUACAUUUAAGUCAACAUCUCAGCAAAUGCUUCUUUUUUUGCACUGGAACUGAAUACAAGUUUUUCCAACUAUCCAACCUACUUAAUUAAUCAAGUGACAUAACUCUAUCUUGAAAAUAAUGCAAACUACGGACCUUUAAAAUUCAAUUAAGACAUCCUGGUUUAGGUUUUGCAUGUAUUUUCAUGUGCCUUUUUGACAUAAUUCUAUAAGAAAAACUGUUAAACAAGAUUUUUUUUAAUUUUGGAAAUAUGAAUAAAAUGCAACAUGCAUAUUUUAUUAUUUAUGAAUUAUAAUCUGUUUCUAGACUGUUUUCAUAACAAUACUUGUCUAAUAAUUUAUUACAUUUUGAAAUAAUUUUGUGGGUCUAAUAAUUUAUUACAUUUUGAAAUAAUUUUGUGGGUCCAUAAUAUUAUUUGGCUUCAUUUGAUCCCCACUACCUUUGAUCCAAUAUCGUUUGGUAAUCCUAAAUGGAUUCUUUAUCAAAUGACAACUUAUGCUCUUUGUGCAUACCUCUUGGUAAUGUCUUUAAAUAUGUUGUAAUUUGUACUUUUGUAAUUCCUUGUUUUUUCUAUAACUUUGUCGUUUUACUUGUGACUUGUUUUCAUCAGUCUUGAUUGGCAGCCGUGUUGUUAGGACCACCUAAGAGAAUAUUUCACUGUAUACUGAAUCACUGUGGAUGUUCGAUUUUGUGUGCUAAAUAUAUGUUUGUUUUCCAGCUAGUGAAUAAAAAUUGAGAAACG